AUGCAUUCUCGUGCUUAUUUAUUGAUAAAACGUGAUUUAUAUUUACUUGAAAAUAAUCCGGUGAAUGGUAUUGAUAUUGAACGUAUAGUUGAUGAUAAUUAUUUUGAUCUCACAUUAUUUCUUCGUCCAUUAAAAAGUUCAAUGUGGUAUGGUUGUAUGUUUCGAAUAUUUUGUUUAUUUUAUGAUACAUAUAAUGUUCAACCACCAAUUCUUCAAUUUGAUCCGAUAAAUAUUCCAUAUCAUCCAAAUGUUGAUCCAAUAACCGGUCGAAUUAGUUUAUCAACAAGUGAAAAUUGGAAUCCAAAUUUUACAUUACGAACAUUAUUUGAUGAAUUAAUUGGUAUAUUUACAAUACCAAAUCAAAAAACAAUUAUUAAUACAGAUGCUAAUCGUAUACUUAAAUGUCGUACGAAUGAUUAUCAAGAUAUAAUCGAUAAUUCAAUUGAAAAAAGUCGACAAUUAAUAGAAAUCAUUAAUGAUGAAAAACAAAGCUCAAAUCAAAUACAAAUUAUUUCACCAAAAGGAAAAGAUGUUAUUCGAGCACGUUUACAUACACCAGAAAGAGGUGCACGACGACAGCAAACAAAUUUUAAAUUAAACCAACGAAUAUCAUUUGAAGAUUAUCUUAGUACAUGGAAAGGUAUAGCAACAUCAAAAGCAAAUUUACAAGAAGAAAAUUUAUUUCUUAAACAAUUAAAUUUACAGCCAAAAUUACAAGCUCAACAUCUUGCUUUGAAUGCUAAUGAACUUGCUCAACAACUUGAGGAUCGAGCACAUCAAUUUGAAAGACUUAAAUAUGGUCAAUUAACCAAAGAAAAACGUCAACGUAAAAUUAAACCAGUGUCACAAAUGAGUGUACCAGAAAAGGUUCAACAAGUACAUAUUGUGACAGAAGUUAAUAGUAGUCUUGAUGUUCCAAUAAAUAUUGAAAAACAAGAAGAUAAUUCUGUAAAAAAUGAUGAAAUUGAUGAAGUUGAUGAACUUAUCGAAUGGACACAAUGUCUACCAACUACAGAUGAAAUUAUCGAAGAAGAUUUAUCUAUUUUAUAA